AUGCUUCCCAACCCCCUUAGUCCCCACCUUCCUGACUCCACUGCACCUGCUGCUGUGCUCCCUUUGACUGAUCCCUGCUUCUCACUCCCCACCCCAGGUGCGAGGAGGGGGCUGCUGCUGCGCGGGGGAGACGUGUUGGAGAGGCUGGCAGCGGUGGAUGUGGUGGCGUUUGACAAGACCGGCACGCUGACAGCAGGGCAGCCCCAGGUGUCUGCUGUGGUGCCUGCAGCCCACCAGCCGCCCACCGCUCUCCACCACUCACCAUCGCACUCCACUGCCCUCCACCAAGAACCAGCCACAGCAUCAAGCCACAGACACACUACCACCACUGCAACUGCCGUUGCUACUGAUACCGAUACUGCCACUGACGCUGCCACCGUCUCUCUCCUGCGCCUGGCAGCAGCAGCAGAGGCCACUACGCGCCACCCAGUAGCCGCCGCUAUCACCGCCCACGCCGCCCGCCUCUCCGCCGCCCCGCUGCCGCCCGUUUCGUCUGCUCUCACUGUUCCCGGGCGGGGCGUGGUGGCUGUAGUGGAUGGUAGAGAGAUCCACGUGGGGGGAUUUGAUUGGGUGGCGAAGCACUGCUUGGGGGGGACAAGGGAGAGGGAGGGGAGGGGAGGGAGUGGUAAAGGGAGUGAGGUGGAAGGCGAGAGGGAGAGAUGGCGGAGAGUGGAGGAGGGGGUGUUGAGAGGGGAGUGUGGGGGCGUGGGAGGGAGUGGGGAGGGAGGAGAGGGGGGCAUGAGAGAUAGCAGCAGCAGCCACACGUUUGUGUAUGUGGGUGAAACAAGGAGCGAGGAGGAGAGGAGGGGGGCGGCGGAGGAGGGGAGGAGUGUGGGCGGCAUUCUGGGGUGCAUCUGUGUGAGCGACUCGCUGCGCGCCGAGGCACAGGAGACUGGUUUGCAUCUGUGUGAGCGACUCACUGCGCGCCGAGGCACAGCACAGGCUGGCUUCCUUGGGAGUGUCAGCGGCAGUGCUGUCUGGCGAUCGGCAGGCGGCAGUAACCCGAGUGGCGGAGGCUGUUCGUUCUUGAGGCGUCAAAAGCCUCCUUCCUCUGCUGCCUCUCUCCCUCCCCUCUUCUUCCUCACCCCUCUGCACAGGCUGGCUUCCUUGGGAGUGUCAGCGGCUGUGCUGUCUGGCGAUCGGCAGGCGGCAGUAACCCGAGUGGCGGAGGCUGUUGGCAUCGCUGGCCAGGGGAAGGUUCUUGGAAGGCUGCUGCCGGAAGGCAAGGCAGAGGCGAUAGAGAGCAUGCAACGAGACGCAGUGCUGCUGGAGGGAAAGGCGGAGGCGAUUGAGAGCAUGCAAAGGGACGGUCACAGCGUAGCAAUGGUGAGAGUGAGAGAUGGGGGGGGGUGGGGAGGCAGGGCGUGGGAGGGCGUGCUGAGAGAGAGAGGAGGAAGGGAGGGCGUGCUGAGGGACAGGCACAGCGUGGCGAUGGUGAGAAAAGAGGGCGGAAGAGGGGAGGAUGGUGAGGAGAGGGAAUGGGGAUGGUGA